GAUCGUACGUAAACAAGAGGCUCCGGUCGAAGCAGUUUCGGGAUGGCGAGUGUUAUAGGGCAAUUUCUUCGUCGCUCGAGCACUCUUGUCCGCAUAUCAUGCACGGUACAAGCAAGAGUAGCUUCGGGAUUACCGGCAAGUGUUAACAACAAUUUAUAUGAGGCUUUUGCAGUGUAAUGGUUGUUAGUGUACCGGUGUCAGGAGAAGGCCAUUGCAACCACAAUGACUGAACUGCUUGAAGCACAUCCAGCAGUACAGCAGCAGUAGCAGCAGCAGCACAGAAGAGGAAAGCAUGACCUCACCAGAGGGUGGUGCCAGGAUGAGCAAGUCAAUGUUGGCCUACCAGCAGAGAGCAGAGGCACAUGAUAAAUUCAUGGCAGAUCAGAUAGCAGAGUAUGAGAUUGGUCGACGUCACCUAGCCAACAUCAUGGGAGAAGACCCGGAGACUUUCACGCAGGAGGACAUUGAUGCUGCCAUCCAGUACCUUCUCCCCUCGGGUCUGUUUGAGCUCACUGCCCGGCCUGCCAUGAAGCACCCCAGCGAUGUCUUCAUCAAGAAAAAAGCAGCUGAAUUUGACAUAAGUGGACGGCCCUUCCACACCUUCUUCUACACUGGAUACCCCGCAUACUAUCAAGCACUGCAUGACCUGGGAAAGACAAUGAUCUCACUUGACCAGUUUGCCAACAGAAUGGCACACUUGAAAGUGGAGAAUGAGAGUCAGGCAUUCAACUGUGGAGGCUCUGAGUGGGUGUCUAAAGCCGAACUCUCAAAUAAAUUCCUCGAGGAACUGCACGACAAACAUUACAUCUUCUUCAUCCAGUCCAUGAAUCGGCUCAUUGAACACCCGUACUCUUCCCGUGCCCAAGACUUCAUAAUGCGCUUCAGGAAGGUUGUCAUCACCACGCAGAACAAGGAGGAGAUUCCCAAGCUCAUGUACACUGCUGAGGGCAUCCCAUACAUGACUGGCAGUGGUAAAAGGAAACACACAGAGGCGACUGUCACUGUCUACGGCCGAGGCUCUGGAAAAAUUGAGAUUAACGGGCAGGACAUGAGGUUCUUCAAGGUGAUUCAAGACAGAGAGCAGGUUGUGUUCCCUCUACAGUUCACCAAUCUGCUGGGAAAGGUGGAUCUGGUGGCCAAUGUUACUGGUGCAGGUCUGUCCUCCAGUGCUGGUGCCAUCCGUCUGGCCACUGCUCUGGCUCUGCGUUCGUUUGUGGAUGAACACAUGAGGGAGAAAAUGAGACUUGCUGGCCUGCUUUCCAAGGACUUCCGAGUCAAGGAGAGGAAGAAGCCAGGACAGAAAGGUGCAAGAGCUAAAUUCACAUGGAAGAAGAGAUAAAAAUGAAAAAUAAAUAAAUAGAUAAAUAAAAACUAUGGAAGUGUUCAAAUAUCAAAGCCGAGGAAGGAAAUGUGCAUGAAAAAAAGACAAAAAAUGAUAGUGUAGAUGUGGCAAUUACUGAGAGGAAAUGUUUAUGAGAGAGAGAGAGAGAGAGAUGAUUGAAAUUAAUUUGUCAGUGUGUUAAUUUAAUAUAUUAUAAGCAAGAACACAGAAUUUAACACAAAGUCCUGUAGUUGUAGCUGUGUAACUCUGAAAAUUUGAGAACUCAGUUAAUUUUAUGUUGUAAACUUAGUGAGUGAUAGUAGUACUGCAUCUCAAACCUCAAAUAUCUCAUCAAAUAAUAAAUACCUAGUACUUCCUCAAGUGUACAGUUAGAGUAAUAAAGCUACUGUUUUUACAAUAGUCUUAAGAAAAUCCCUGGUUGUCUGUCAGCAAAUAAUGUAAAUAAGUGAGAAGAGAAAGGCAUCUGGAAGUGACAAUGGCUACAAGGGAAUGUCUGUAAAAGUUUUUCAUAAUAAAUAUUUGUUGAUAUAC